GUCACACUGCGCAGUUGCCGUUUUUUAGUGUCAGAUUGUCAGAUUUUGCUGUUGUUUUUUUUUGUUUCUUUGUGUCAGGCAGGACACCUGGGAAUCCGAAACGCAUCCCAUAAUGAAUGCGAGCAAAACAGGCAGCGAGAAUUUUAAGGUAGUUCUGCUGGGCGAAGGUUCUGUCGGCAAAACUUCGCUGGUGCUACGCUACAUGGAUGAUCGCUUUAAUUCCCAGCACCUGAGCACCUUACAGGCCUCCUUUGUAACUCGCAAGGUUUCUCUCGACGACGGAAGAAGGGCCCAGUUGAAUAUAUGGGACACGGCGGGGCAGGAACGGUUCCAUGCCCUGGGACCCAUAUACUACCGAGGAUCCGAUGGCGCACUGUUGGUGUACGACAUAACGGACCUCUUAUCAUUCCAGAAAGUCAAGUCGUGGGUGCGGGAGCUGCGACAGAUGCACAGCACGGAUAUUGCCCUAAUAAUCGUGGGUAACAAGACUGAUUUGAUGUUUCAUCGGACGGUGUCGGAAGAGGAGGCCCUCCAUUAUGCGCGUUUAGUAGGCGCCCAACAUGUGGAAACCUCGGCCAAAGAAAAUGAGGGCGUCACCGAGCUCUUUGAACUUCUGACCCGUUUAAUGCUUGAACAACGACAGCGUGAUCCAAAUGAUAAUCCGUUGCGUCACCUAAGUACUGAUAUCGAUCCCCUCAGCAUCUUAGAUGACACACAUCCCGGCGAUCCGGUGGGGCACCGAUCCUGCUGUGGCAUUUAGCCGUUCCCAUUGUGAUCAUAAUUUUUUUACUAGUAGUCGAUGUUCAUCCUGUGUAUAUAUUAUAUAUUUAAUGAUAACGCGUGCUUCUGUUAUCAAAUACCCAAGUUACCAAAUUGAGCCCACGUGUUUUAGUCAUCCUCAUAACUGUUCUCGAAAUUGCUGGGAUUUUCGUUUCGUUUUCUCUUCGUCUAGUUCAUAUACGUAAUUUACUGUUUGCAGAUUCGGCCAUUUAAGUUUUUUCGCUCUUUGUGUGUGAAAACCAAUAAAUUAUUUAAUACUUGCA